GCUUCUGCUCGCUCGCUGCAUCGACUUCAUUUGAGAGGCUUUUCUCCCAGUGUGGUUUAUCCACCUCAAAAUCUCUUUAGACGAAAAGGCUGCACUCUAAAUUGGACUCUUCUACCACGGGGCGGCGCUAUUGGGACCAAUGUCAUGGCCUUGGAUCUUUUGAUCUCCACACUCACCUUAAACGCAAGAAGCUCCAAGAUGGAUAUCAUUCCGACUGUUACGUAGCCUCAGAGUGGGAGGGGACUGCCUAACUUCCAGCUUUCCAUUGGUUUUCCUGUCCGCUCGGCGGAGAGGGGGUGCCUCUAAUCAUAUCCAGCAUGUUUUGCACAAGAAAUGUCAGCCAGAAAAGGGUAUCUCUUCUCCUCGCCAAAAUACACCACAAUAAUGUCAUGUUCGGACAGCCCGUCAGGAAAUGCGGUUUUAGUGGAUUCUCUGAUCAGCGGCCGCAACGAGAGUGGCGGAGGUCACUAUACUGGGAGCGCCUUGUGCGUGCCUCACAGCACUGCUACAGAAGUGCCUUACGGACUAAACAACUAUGGAUACUUCCCAGGUAUGGGUAAGCGGAGCGAGGUGGGUCCACAGAACGUGGUUUCCGCUUCGGCCGCCUACAUGUCCACCAUGGAAAUGUGGAUGGACGCGCAGAGGUCAUGUCGGAUGGACCAAGAUCACCCGGUAGGUCCCCAGGUCGCGCCCUGCUCGUUCCCGCAAAAUAUAAAGAAGAGAGCCACCUACUGCCUGUACGAGCAGGCGAAGUGCCCUAAAGCUUCCACCGCCGAAGAUCUUACAUAUUCAAGGUUAACUGUAGCCGGCCAAGGUUCGAGUUCUUGUACAGUUCCCGAUGGCGGCGGCGGGGGCUCAGUGCCUGUGCCGGGCUACUUCGCUUGUCUCAGACGCCACGCACAUUCUCAUAAACUUUACAACACCAACGGCCCCCAGUCGAACCCUUCCCAUUCCCAUUUUGGCCUACACCCCACUGCUCCAGCUCGCUUCCACACGCCUCCAACCUCGACUUCUGCUCCAGCCACGGCACAGGAGGGGAGAAACACCGAGGGGCCCGUGUCCUCGGGAAACGCAGACCUGCAGCCUCACGCUGCGUCGGGGACCGAGGAGGCACGCGACUCCUCGGAUGGAGAAGCCUCAUCAGCUGAAGAAACAGAAGAGAAUGACAAAGACAAAGCAGCACAGUCCAAAAAAGGAGACACAAAAAGUGAAAACACGGCCAACUGGCUGACAGCAAAAAGCGGCCGUAGACGUUGUCCAUACACCAAGCAUCAGACACUAGAGCUGGAGAAGGAGUUCCUCUUCAACAUGUUGACCCGAGAGCGCCGCCUAGUCAGUAAAAGCGUCCACCUGACGGACAGACAGGUCAAAAUCUGGUUCCAGAACCGCAGGAUGAACUCGAAGAAAAUGACGAGAGAAAAUAGGAUCCGGGAGCUCACCUCCAACUAUGGAUUUCGUGAUGAACGAGGGGAUCACGCUGAAACAGGAAAAAUAAAAUAAAUAGGUGAAAAAAACUGACAUCCAACCUCUGACGGCCCCUUACCCAGCAACACCACUUUGUCCACACAAAGACUCAUUUCACUGUGGGAUGCAGCUUUUUUUAAAAUUUCCAGACAACGCUUUAUGCCAAUGCAACGUCCUCUGCGAGCUACUGAAAAAAAAAAAAAGGAAAAGAAAAG